CUCAGGAUUUGGUUUGUCGGCAUUCAACUCUACUUCAUGAGUUUGUAGAGAUACAAGCAAGUAGUUCAAAGAAAUUUUUGUCAAGUCUUUGGCUUCUUCUAUUGCUGUUUUCUUGGGUCUCCAAGCUGCAGGUUACUGGAGAUCAAUUCAGAUGCAGUCACAUUCUGAUGACGCUGUCCCUAAGGUGAAGGAAGAAAUUGACUUCACAUAUACUAGUUCUCAGGGUCAUCUGGAUGACACUUUUCAGAAAACUGUAGAUGUUCUAGACGAUCAGGAUGAAGAUGAGAUACAGCUUAUAGAUGAUGAAGAUGACCAAUCUAGUGAAAAUGCCUCAAAUCAGCUGGUGGUUUAUAAUCCACCGAGUGAUACAGAUCAGACUGAACCGGUUCCUGAACCUAUUGGAUAUCAGCCUCCUCCUUUCCCUAGUGACUCAACACCACACCCCCAUUCGAGAGUUUUGCCCUCUGUAGGGGCAUUCACUGUCCAGUGUGCUAUUUGUUUUAAAUGGAGGCUUAUCCCAACAAAAGAGAAGUACGAAGAAAUCCGUGAAAAUAUCUUGCAGCAACCUUUUGCAUGUGAAACAGCUCGUGAAUGGAGGCCUGACAUAUCCUGUGAUGAUCCGCCUGACCUUUCACAAGAUGGUAGCAGGCUCUGGGCUAUUGAUAAACCUAAUAUUGCUCAACCCCCUCCUGGGUGGCAACGGCUUCUUAGGAUCAGAGGUGAAGGAAGCACCAGGUUUGCAGACAUUUAUUAUGUUGCUCCAUCAGGCAAGAGACUGCGCUCAAUGAUAGAGAUCCAGAAGUAUCUACUUGAACAUCCUGAGUAUGUCACUGAAGGGGUCACUAUGGCACGAUUUUCAUUUCAAAUACCAAAACCUCUUCAGGAGAACUAUGUUAGAAAGCGCCCAGCACGUGUGACAUCUUCAUAUGAUAGCUCUGGUCAAGGGAUGUCUAGCCCCCUUGAACCCAGAGAAGUUAAUCCAAUUAAUUGGGUAGGUCCUGCUGAUAAUGAGUUGCAGAUUGGUAGGCCAGGUCUAUUGAAUCCCUGCCUUGAUGCUCCUGGUUUGGAACCUGUCACUCCGAAAAAGAAGCGAGCAAAGAUCAAGUCAGAAAGUUCUCAGCUUUUUAGGACUGGAUAAGGAGACUCGCCUUGUUAUAUUCCUUCUCUUUUUUUGGCCUUAAUACGCAGUAGGAUCUUAUAUUUUUUUGCAGAAAAUGGGGGAGAAAGUUUUGUUAUGUGUGGCGAGGAGAGUUUUGGGGAAGGUCCUGUAGGUUGAAUUGAUCAUGCUAUGUACAAGGAUUCAUGUAAAAGAACUGGUAUAUUGUAAUACAUUGCACUUGCUAUUGCUCUUGCUCUUGCUAUUGAUAAGCUGAUUUCAUGGCA